UCCAAGAUGAGAAGCCCAAAAGAGCAUCGCCUUAAAUGGCCCACAAACGGAGCUGUGGUACCACCGCGGCGGCCACGUCAAAACUCCAAAACAAGAGGCGGUUCUUGUUAAAUGUUCAUAAACCGACACUAAAUUUACCAACCAUUGAUUGCUUCACUCUCCCUCUCCUCUCUUCUUAUACCUCCUUCUCUCGUCUCCUUCCUCCAUUCUCAACCAAAUUUGUCAAAUAAUUUUGUUUUGUUCCAGAAGCUUUGCGUUGGAAUCGUAGAGGUACGUCUUGUACAAUUUUAUUUUGAAACUUCAUCUUGAUUACUAUUAUUCAUUUAUUUUUCGGUUGUAUAAUAAGCUGGAGUUGAAGAGGUUUCGUGAAUUUCCGAGUUUAGUUGAAGUUGGUUUAUGUUGGCUUCUGCACAUUCAUCAAUCAAGAACAGUUUAUGAUUUUUGAAGAGAAUCGCAAACUGUGAUUUGUGUUGAACGCAUUGGAGAGUACAUCAUCUUCUCAUACUGGUCUUCAGUAUGUGGGUUUUCACCAGCAUGCAAUAUCACUGGUCUUGUCUGGGGGUCCUCUAGUCAAAAGGAAAUUUAGACAAGAACAUGGAUUCAAAUCCAAGAAAACCUUUGUUUUGCCUCAAAUUUCCAUGGGACAUCCACCAAAAUCCUGGAAGUUCUAAUGCCAAUCCCUGCACUUUAGAGGUGCCUUGGCUAUUCAAAUCCUUACAGAGUCUAGGAUCUGUUGCUUUUAAUUUCAUGAACUCAAUUUCAAGAUCCACAUAUCCAAUGACGAAUGCCUUUAAACCCUUUCAAUUUGAUGCUGGAACAAGAAAAGGUGAUGUUUUAAAGUCAAAGAAAAUCUUGAAUUCUGAAGAGCAAGGAGAGGCAGAGCAUAGAGCAUUUGCCUCGGCACUAGCAAGUGGAAAAGAGGCUACAGUGAUUGAAUUCUACUCACCCAAAUGCCAGUUGUGCAAUUCUUUGGUUAAUUUUGUUUCAGAGGUAGAAGGUAGAAAUUCAGAAUGGCUUAACAUUGUUAUGGCAGAUGCAGAGAACGAUAAGUGGUUGCCUGAGCUUCUCCAUUAUGACAUUAGAUAUGUGCCUUGUUUUGUACUGCUGGACAAGAAUGGGAGGGCACUAGCAAAGACAGGAAUACCAAGCAGUCGGUUACAUGUAAUAGCAGCAUCCAAAUCCAUCAAUGACGCAACUAUUCUCUGCGAAAAGAAAUGGAUCAGGAUGGUGAGAGAAAAAAACACCAAGCACCAACAAAUAGCAAUGAUUUCCCGCUAUGGAAAAAGAUUUCAACAUAACAUCAGGUAGCAAAUUAAACAACUGACGAAAUUAUUUAGUUGGUGUUUCCAAAUACGUAAGCCGAAUUAUCUUC